GCGGACUCACGCCCACCAUUUAAACCGCGACUAUUUAAUAGCACCAAAUGCUGGCACGCAAGGCUGACACCUGAGUCUGGUCCGGUCCAUGCAUUGGUUCAGGUCCAUUACUAUAAGCUAAGAUAUUCGUAUACGUAUAUGUAUAUUUUUCUGACUAGCAGUUAGACUUCUGUAAAGUUUGGCUAGCCGUCAAUUAAAUAAGUUCAGUUACUAGCUGAAGUCAUGGAAUCCAAAUUCAUGUUUGUAAAGUCUACUACUAGGUUCUUAUCAGAAUAUCGUGAUACUUCUAGGUGGUAGCGUUCCCAUUUAAUACAAGAGUCAUUUCAAAUGUGAACGAGCUCGAGGUUCUUAUCGUCCCCCCUGCGGGGUUUCACGUGGCUGAUGCGGUGCGCACUGCAGCUGAAACGGAAAGACUGGGGACGCGGUGGAAUUUAUCCGUUGGGGUUUGUUUAAAUGAUGUGGAUUAGAGUAGGUGGCCUGAUGGCCUAUAAAAUCUUUAGAUCUGGUGCUGUGGUCGAAUGGUACGUGAUCAUGAGUUGCUCCUGGGUGGCCCGCAGUUCCACUUGUUAGCAACUAGUGCGCGGUGGCCAGCAGAUCAUGUGAUCGGUCAUGUCGGACCACGCAAGUCCUCUUCAAUCCAGGCUUUAGAGCACAAACAUUUCUGUGCUUCAUAAUGGCCCACAUAUGAAUGAAGACACUUCAUUUAUGCAUGGUCGUCUGCAAUUUUUAUCCCAUCUUGCUUAUGCAUCAACCUGUUGGCUGGGUCAUUAUUAGUCUUGUCGCCUUCAGAUGGAUGAUGAUAUUGUUCCUUUUCUUCCUAACUACGUUUUUUGCUGCUGGUCCCAUAUCUGAUUGUCAUAAGUUUCUUGGGAUUGCGUCCUUUCUUGGACUUUUUAAAUGCUCUAUAUAUUUUAUGCUAAACAGCGGUCGAAGAUCUACGCAAAAUGAUAUGAAUCAAAUGCAAUCAGUAGAGCUUGGAGUGGUAUCAAUUUUGAUGGUGAGUGUGGUCAAGCAACUGAAUGUCAACAGCUCUAACAUGCUGUCGGUUACAGGUCAUGCUAUUCUGCCAGUUUCAGUCUGGGAACUGGGUACAGCCAUAGAGGACAUACACAUAAAUAUACCUAACUCAUCUGAAUCUGACCUGACCUGACCCGUCGAUUACUAUUCUUAACCAUGACCAAAAUCAAUGAUAGAUGGUUGUGCUGCUGCAAACUUGCAGCACUCGAACCGUUUCGGAAUCAACAAGAAGCAGUAGAACUAAUUCUUGCAGAAGAAUGUAUGGAAGAGGUCACCGACCUUGUCAUGUUAGAGAUCUAUUCAAUUGUUCCAACUCUAUAAAAAUAAAGUGGCAAUUCUCUUAGACAAUAAUUACCUUUGCUUAAUUUGGUAAAAGAUGUUGGCUCUUUGAUAACUAGUAACUGGAUAACGGGGCUUCAGUCUGUUUGUCGGCGCCUCUCUGCUCAGCACUUCAACUGGGGAGAGGUCCCAAGCUCAACUGGGAACAUUCGUGCCUCCAUAUUUAUUCUUGAAAAAAUAGUAUGUAACAGGGUUUCUAGAACUUGUCAAAUUGGGAAUAGUUAGCUUUUAGCAAUGAUUAGAUUAUGCCCAGACUUUCCAAAAGAGCAUAAAUCUUGUGAUUCCAUGGCCUGGGCUCGGUGGGCCAAUUCUUGCAGCGGCCUUGAAAAAUCAAGGGCUGGGAUUCUUGGUGAAUCGGCAGCAGGGGUGAUGACAUAUAGCGGCCUUGAGAGUUGCAUCAUCAACAGUUGCUCCUACGAUAAUGAGACUGGCAGCAGCGGCAUGAGUCGAGCUGAUGGCUGUGCUACCGUUGACUCCCUCGAUGAGGAUGCCUCAAGCUGCUCUUCUAGCAAAGAUGCCAUGGGCUCCUCCUUCUCCUCUCAAUGCCUGAUGUCAAGCAAGCAGGAGGAGGAGCAAGCUCUUGGGGAAUGGGAUGCCUUCCACAGCCUCCAUCAUCUCGGUGUCAAAGGAAAGGCUUCAGUUACUUACAAUAUGGAUGUCUCGGACGUCGAGGCUAUGAAGGAGAGGUUUGCAAAGCUAUUGCUUGGAGAAGAUGUGUCAGGUGGGACCAAAGGGAUCAGCACUGCUCUUGCAUUGUCUAAUGCCAUAACAAAUCUCUCAGCAUCAGUUUUUGGGGAGUUGUGGAAAUUGGAACCUUUAUCUGAAGAAAGAAAAAACAGGUGGCGUAGGGAAAUGGACUGGUUGCUCUCCCCUACCAACUACAUGGUUGAGCUAGUUCCUGCAAAGCAAUAUGGCACUAAUGGCCAGAUGUUAGAGAUAAUGACCCCCAAAGCUCGUUCGGAUGUUCAUAUGAUCCUUCCUGCUCUUCAAAAGCUAGAUUCAAUGCUAAUUGAAGUAUUAGAUUCGAUGGUGGAAACGGAGUUUUGGUAUGUGGAAGAUGGUAGCAGAACUGAAGGGCGGAGCGGAUGUGGUGGUGUUAGGCUGAGCAAGAAAUGGUGGCUCCCAUCUCCUCGGGUCCCUGAUAGCGGACUAUCCCCUUCUCAAAGAAGAAGGCUUGGUUUCCUGGGGAAGAUUGUUCACCAAGUCCUCAAGGCUGCCAAAUCAAUCAAUGAACAGGUCCUGCACCAAAUGCCCAUUCCAGAUGCUAUCCAAGAUGCCCUUACAAAGUCAGGGAAGGCUAGCUUGGGUGAAGGUAUCUACCAAGUUGUAGCUGUGGAAUCCAUUUCAGUUGAGGAAGUCCUGCUUUCUCUCAGUUUGAAAAGUGAACACAAAGUCCUUGAGACUGUGAACCGAUUAGAGGGUGCAGUGUUUGCAUGGAAGCAGAAAAUGUCUGAAGAAACAAGCAAGAGAUCGCCAAUGCGGUACCCAUGGUACUUUGGGAGAGAUUAUGGGUCGGAACUUGAAAAGACGGCAGUAUAUUUAGAAAGAGCUGAAGCACUACUGCAAAUUCUGAAGAUCAGAUUUCCAAACCUUCCACAAUCCUUUAUUGAUGUCACCAAGGUGAAAUACAACAAGGAUGUUGGGCAUUCCAUUGUUGAAGCUUAUUCCAGGGUUCUUGUAGGCCUGGCAUUCAGUAUGCUGUCAAGAAUAGGAGAUAUCUUGCAGGAGGAUGACUUGAAGAAGCCCACUACUCCCAUUGCCACUCUCAAGUUCGAUUUCACCUCUGAUGUAUAUCUUGCUGGGAUCACUGAAACUCCACCUGGUCAUAUCAAGCGCUCUCUCAUUGAGCAAAUGAACAUGGUAGACGGGCGGUAUAGCAAAGACAAUGAAAGUAAGAUCAUGGAGGAGGAACCUUUCUUAGAUGACAAGGGAAAAAGCAGUAAUGGUGGUCGAGGCUAGCCCAUUUAGAAGUACAGCUUGGUGCUAUGGAAGGGAAGUUUGUGUAAGCACCCCGCUUUCAAGCUCUCCUUCAGCAGGGAGACGGCCUCACAGCCGACGGAAUUUGUAAGGUGAUCACUAUAUAGAGGAAGAGAGUUUGAGGUAUUGCAGUCUCUGUAGAAUGACCCACUUUUAGAAAGAUAUGUACUGCAGUCAAUUUCAGUCAAUGCUGUGUGGUUGAAAAUUCUCAUCUGUACAUUCUAUAUGAUAAGAUCCUAAUGUCUAAAUUAGUUGGGA